UCCACAGCAGCUCUGCAAAGAAGCUCCACAGCUACCAGACCCACUCUGAAGAUGAGUCCCUCUGUCAGCCUGCUGCUCCUGCUCCUGCUCGGCCUCUCUCAGGCUCAUCCUCUCAUGGAGGAAAGAGGAGGAGGAGAGGGCCAGGUGGAGGAAGACCACACCGUCGAUAUCACCACCAGGAUUCUGACCGCAAACAAUGGCAGCAACGAGAUCCUGCUGGAAGGAGACAUCCUGCUUCCAAAAAGCAGAAAUGCCAUUAAAUGCCAGAGUUACCAGAGCUGCCUGUGGCAGAAAGACAACAACGGCCUGGUGACGGUUCCCUUCACCAUCAGCAGUGAGUACAGCAGCGGGGAAAGGCAGCUGAUCAGAAAUGCCUUGCGGUCCUUCCACAGCCAGACCUGUGUCCGCUUUGUCGACCGUAAGAACCAGAACGACUACAUCAGCAUCGAGAGCCAGAACGGAUGCUUCUCUCCUCUGGGCAGACAGGGAGGGAAGCAGGUUCUGUCUCUCAACAGGCAGGGCUGCGUCUACUUUGGCGUCGUCCAGCACGAGGUCAACCACGCUCUGGGCUUCCAGCACGAGCAGACCAGGAGCGACCGCGACUACUACGUCAGGAUCAACUGGGAGAACAUCGACCCGCAGAUGGCCUACAACUUCGACAAGCAGGACACCAACAACCUCAACACUCCCUACGACUACUCCUCCAUAAUGCACUAUGAAAGAACAGCCUUCUCCAUCAAUGGCAGGGAAACCAUCACCCCCAUCCCCAACCGCAACGUCCAGAUUGGCCAGAGGCAGGGCAUGUCCUACUGGGACAUCAGGAGGAUCAAUCUGCUGUACGGCUGCUGAAAACACACGUUAGCUUGUCUGAUUAGAAGUUUUCAUUUGUUCCCAAAGGUUCUUUCAUCAAUGCUUUUUCAGUGUGUUAAUAUUCUCUUUAAAAAAGUCAAACACAAAAAUAAAGUGCAUUAAAAUGGU